CAAGAGUCGGACUAAGACAGACGCGAAUCACUGUGAAUCCAGAACUCAUGUGAAUUCAUCGUUCAUUUACAAACUAACCUCUUCAUAAAGAUGCAGUUCAUGCUGUUGUUCAGCAGACAAGGCAAGCUCCGUCUGCAGAAAUGGUACGUUCCUCUGUGCGAUAAGGAGAAGAAGAAGAUCACGCGGGAGCUGGUGCAGACCGUUCUGGCACGCAAACCCAAGAUGUGCAGCUUCCUGGAGUGGAGGGAUCUGAAAAUCGUGUAUAAAAGAUACGCCAGUCUGUAUUUCUGCUGUGCCAUAGAGGACCAAGAUAACGAACUGAUCACACUGGAGAUCAUCCACCGCUACGUCGAGCUGCUCGACAAAUACUUCGGCAGCGUCUGCGAGCUGGAUAUCAUCUUUAAUUUCGAGAAGGCGUAUUUCAUCCUGGACGAGUUCCUGCUGGGAGGCGAGGCUCAGGAGACGUCAAAGAAGAACGUCCUGAAAGCCAUCGAGCAGGCGGAUCUGCUGCAGGAGGUUGAUUUAGGCAUUAGUUACAGACUAGAGGAAAUAGAAGCAUUCAUUCUCCAUCAUUAAACCCAAGUUUGUGGAGCUUUGAAAGCAGAACCGAGCUGCGGUUUAUCAUCUCUGACUGCGAUCCUGACAGACUUUGUCCCGAGGGCCAAAUUACAGGCAGACAAAGGAGAACGAGAGAACAAAGACGUGCUGUCCGCGCUUUAGCAGCAAGACAUGACCUAAAUGUGCCGUUUUCCCACCGAGCACUGCGAAAUGAUUGAACUACUUAUGCAUCUUCAUUCUGGCAUCAUGGGAAUUUAUGUAA